UCUUUGGGUGGCCUGUGACUGCUUGGUGGCUGGUGUGACCUCUCUCAAGAUGCCAGAGCCAGGGAAGAAGCCAGUCUCAGUUUUCAGUAAGAAGCCCCGGUCCAUGGAGGUAGCCGCAGGCAGCUCUGCUGUGUUUGAGGCCCAGACAGAGCGAGCAGGAGUGAAGGUGCGCUGGCAGCGGGGCGGCAAUGACAUUGGAGCCAGUGACAAGUACAGCCUGGCAGCCGAAGGGACACAGCACACACUGACAGUGCGGGAUGUGGGCCCGGCAGACCAGGGGUCCUAUGCAGUCAUUGCAGGAUCCUCCAAGGUCAAGUUUGACCUCAAGGUCAUAGAGGCAGAAAAGGCAGAGCCUGUGCCAGCCCCAGCCCCAGCCCCUGUCCCUGCUAAGACCACUGGAACCCCGGGAGAAGCCCUGGGCUCAGCCACUGAGCUGGAAGGAAGUGUCCCAAGUCCUGAAGGGUCAAGCUCAGCAGACUACAGCAACUCUGUGCCUGGGUGUCCUGGAGCCCCUGAGGACCCCAUUGGCCUCUUUGUGAUGCGGCCACAAGAUGGCGAGGUUACUGUGGGUGGCAGCAUCACCUUCUCAGCCCGGGUGGCUGGGGCUAGUCUCCUGAAACCACCAAUGGUCAAGUGGUUCAAGGGCAAGUGGGUGGACCUGAGCAGCAAGGUGGGCCAACACUUACAGCUGCAUGACAACUAUGACCGGGCCAGCAAGGUCUACCUGUUCGAGCUGCACUUCACUGAUGUCCAGGCUGCCUUCGCUGGCAGCUACCGCUGUGAGGUGUCCACCAAGGACAAAUUUGACAGCUGCAAUUUCAAUCUCACCGUCCAUGAGGCCAUUGGCCCUGGAGACCUGGACCUCCGAGCAGCUUUCCGCCGCACGAGCAUGACUGGAGCAGGUGGUCGACGGAUCAGUGAUGGCCAUGAGGAUGCUGGAAUUUUAGACUUUAGCUCCCUGCUGAAGAAGAGCAGUUUCCGGAUCCCGCGGGAUUCGAAGCUGGAGGCACCAGCAGAGGACGACGUAUGGGAGCUCCUGCGGCAGGCGUCGCCAUCCGAGUACGAGCGCAUCGCCUUCCAGCAUGGCGUCACCGACCUGCGCGGCAUGCUCAAGAGGCUGAAGGGCAUGAAGCACGAUGAGAAGAAGAGCACAGCCUUCCAGAAGAAGCUGGAGCCGGCCUACCAGGUGAGCAAAGGCCAUAAGAUUCGGCUGACUGUGGAGCUGGCUGACCCUGACGCCGAGGUCAAGUGGCUUAAGAAUGGACAGGAGAUCCAGAUGAGUGGCAGAUACAUCUUUGAGUCCAUGGGUGCCAAGCGCACCCUGACCAUCAGCCAGUGCUCACUGGCGGACGAUGCAGCCUACCAGUGUGUGGUGGGCGGUGAGAAGUGCAGCACAGAGCUCUUCGUCAAAGAGCCCCCUGUGCUGAUCACACGUCCCUUGGAGGACCAGCUAGUGAUGGUGGGACAGCGGGUGGAGUUUGAGUGCGAAGUGUCAGAGGAGGGGGCCCAGGUCAAAUGGCUGAAGGAUGGGGUGGAGCUGACUCGGGAGGAGACCUUCAAAUACCGGUUUAAGAAGGACGGGCGGAGAUACCACCUGAUCAUCAAUGAGGCAACUCUGGAGGACGCGGGGCACUACGCAUUGCACACCAGUGGAGGCCAGGCACUGGCUGAGCUCAUCGUGCAGGAGAAAAAGCUGGAAGUGUACCAGAGCAUUGCCGACUUGACUGUGGGCGCAAAGGACCAGGCUGUGUUCAAGUGCGAGGUUUCAGAUGAGAAUGUGCGGGGCGUGUGGCUGAAGAACGGGAAGGAGCUGGUGCCCGACAGCCGCAUAAAGGUGUCCCAUAUCGGGCGGGUCCACAAACUGACCAUUGACGACGUCACGCCUGCCGACGAGGCUGACUACAGCUUUGUGCCUGAGGGCUUCGCCUGCAACCUGUCUGCCAAGCUGCACUUCAUGGAGGUCAAGAUUGAUUUUGUACCCAGGCAGGAACCUCCCAAGAUCCACCUAGACUGUCCUGGCCGCACACCAGACACCAUCGUGGUCGUGGCUGGGAAUAAGCUGCGCCUGGAUGUCCCUAUCUCUGGGGACCCUGCUCCUACUGUGAUCUGGCAGAAGGCCAUCACACAGGGAAAUAAGACCCCUGCCAGGGCUGCCCCUGAUGCUCCAGAGGAUGCAGGUGCCAGUGAUGAGUGGGUGUUUGAAAAGAAGCUGCUAUGUGAGACGGAGGGCCGAGUCCGUGUGGAGACCACCAAGGAUCGAAGCAUCUUCACAGUAGAGGGGGCAGAGAAAGAAGACGAGGGCGUCUAUACUGUCACAGUGAAGAACCCUGUGGGCGAGGACCAGGUCAACCUCACAGUCAAGGUCAUCGAUGUGCCAGAUGCCCCCCCGGCACCCAAGAUCAGCAAUGUGGGCGAGGACUCCUGCAUGGUGCAGUGGGAGCCACCUGCCUAUGAUGGCGGGCAGCCAGUCCUGGGCUACAUUCUGGAGCGCAAGAAGAAGAAGAGCUAUCGGUGGAUGCGGCUGAACUUUGAUUUGCUUCGGGAGCUGAGCCAUGAGGCGCGGCGCAUGAUCGAGGGUGUGGUGUACGAGAUGCGUGUCUAUGCAGUCAACGCCAUUGGCAUGUCCAGACCCAGCCCUGCCUCCCAGCCCUUCAUGCCUAUUGGUCCCCCCAGUGAACCCACCCACCUGGCAGUGGAGGAUGUUUCUGACACUACUGUCUCCCUCAAGUGGCGGCCCCCAGAGCGCGAGGGAGCGGGAGGCCUGGAUGGCUAUAGUGUGGAGUACUGCAGGGAGGGCUGCUCAGAGUGGGUGGCUGCCCUGCAGGGGCUGACAGAGCGCACAUCAGUGCUGGUGAAGGACCUGCCCACAGGGGCCCGGCUGCUCUUUCGAGUGCGGGCACACAAUGUGGCAGGGCCUGGAGGCCCAGUCACCACCCAGGAGCCUGUGACGGUGCAGGAGAUACUGCAACGGCCCCGGCUCCAGCUGCCUAGGCACCUGCGCCAGACCAUCCAAAGGAAGGUUGGAGAGCCUGUGAACCUCCUCAUUCCUUUUCAGGGUAAGCCCCGGCCACAGGUGACCUGGACCAAAGAUGGGCAGCCCCUGGUAGGUGAGGAGGUGAGCAUCCGCAACAGCCCCACGGACACCAUCCUAUUCAUCCGGACUGCUCGCCGCGUCCACUCAGGCACUUACCAGGUGACAGUGCGCAUCGAAAACACGGAGGACAAGGCCACACUGAUCCUGCAGAUCGUUGAUAAGCCAAGCUCUCCCCAGGAUAUCCGGGUCACUGAGGCUUGGGGUUUUAAUGUGGCUCUGGAGUGGAAGCCACCCCAAGAUGAUGGCAACACAGAGAUCUGGGGUUAUACAGUCCAGAAAGCUGACAAGAAGACCAUGGAGUGGUUCACAGUCUUGGAGCAUUAUCGCCGCACACACUGCGUGGUGUCCGAGCUCAUUAUUGGCAAUGGUUACUACUUCCGGGUCUUCAGCCAUAACAUGGUUGGUCCUAGUGACAGAGCUGCCACCACCAAGGAGCCUGUCUUUAUCCCCAGACCAGGCAUCACAUAUGAGCCACCCAACUAUGAGGCCCUGGACUUCUCGGAGGCCCCAAGCUUCACCCACCCCCUGGUGAAUCGCUCAGUCAUUGCAGGUUACACUGCCGUCCUCUGCUGCGCAGUUCGGGGUAACCCCAAGCCCAAGAUUUCCUGGUUCAAGAAUGGCCUGGACCUGGGAAAAGAUGCCCGGUUCCGCAUGUUCAGCAAGCAGGGAGUGUUGACCUUGGAGAUCAGAAAGCCUUGCCCCUUUGAUGGGGGUAUCUAUGUCUGCAGGGCCACCAACCUCCAGGGCGAGGCCCAGUGUGAGUGCCGCCUGGAGGUGCGAGUGCCUCAGUGAGCAGGCUGGCUCCCCAGGGAUGGCCAGGUGCAACCAGAUGCCAGCCCUAUGUGCCAGGAACCUGGAGGGAAGCUGAAGCCCUUUCCUGCUGUCAGAUGUGUGUCUACAAGUAUCUCCUGGGCUAUGGUGGGGAAGGGACCAGCGUGCAGCAGUUGUAACGGGACGCCUGGGGGAUGCUGCACACUGGUCCUCAAGGCUCCUGUGUAAGCUCCUGGGUCUCUGGGGCCAAACGGGGGUGGGCUCAGGAAAUAAUGAGUGGGACAGGCCCUUCUGGCCUACAUGUCUUCCUAAUGUAUAAGGGCAAUAAAAGAUCAGUGAGGUGACAGAGUUCACUCUUCUUACCCAAU